AUGGGUCAACUGCUUUGUAUGAUGAGUAUGGCACAAUUUUAUUGAUAUUCCAGCCUAAUAAUAUUUUCCCUGAAGCUACAACUUUGUAUGAUACUCUUGUUACUAUCACAUUUCCAUAUGAUGGAACGACCCAGUUUUUCCCUAAAAACUCUGCAGGGCUGAUUCAGUGCAGAAUGCAAAAAUAUCCACCGUUUAUGCAGUAUGGGUAUUUUGGAAGGCUAUGUGAAUGGACAGCUGGGCCACCUGACGUAG